UUUUUUUUAAAUUUAUUUAAUUAAUUAAACUUUAUUUUAUUUCAACCUGUUCACUUCUAUUUUCGUUUCCUGUUUCCUGUUUUCAUGUCAUAAAUUUGGCAACCGAAACAAGAAAACUUGUUUACUUUUCAUUCCGUUUUCUAUUCGUUUCCAACUAUGAAAACAAAAAGUGGCAGCUUCCUGUUGUUUUUCGAAACGACAAAAUGUUGUUUUCAACAUCUGUUUUCUCAAAAACAGAAAACAAAAAUGAAAAUAAACAGGCCCUUAAGUAUGGUGUUAAAC